AUCCGAUGUCCGCAUCAGCCCAAGGUUGUCCAUUGAUGUGUGGCGCAGUAUAAAUUGGAGGCGUAUAUUUGCUAUAGUCUACCGACCAAUAGACGAAUUCAUCUGGCACGAUAAAGCGUUUCACUGUACUUUUUGGUGAGAGUCAGCGAGUAAAGCUCGUUGUGAAUAAAUCUGCCGCGCGAAUUCGUUUUAUUUGCUCCGAGAAAUCUAUGUUAAAUUUCCUAGAUGACUACUUUGUUGCUACUAUUACUGCAAAUCUUCUUCUUAGUUAGUGUGCCUGCAGCGCGUAACGUAACACGUCGUAAUGUUGUGCUUGUAAUUUUUGAUGACCUACGACCUGUGCUUGGCGCUUAUGGAGAUCAUUUGGCAUAUACGCCAUAUUUGGACGCGUUCAUCCAGGAGAGUUACUACUUUACGCGUGCUUAUAGCCAGCAAUCUCUAUGUGCGCCUAGUCGUAACUCAAUGCUCACCGGCCGUCGUCCGGAUACGUUGCACCUUUAUGACUUUUACAACUAUUGGCGCGAUUUUGCCGGGAAUUUUACCACACUUCCACAAUACUUCAAAGCUCACAACUAUUACACUUAUGGCGUUGGAAAAGUUUUCCAUCCGGGCAUUUCAUCAAACAGUUCAGACGAUUAUCCCUACAGUUGGUCAUUGCCGACAUUCCGACCACCGAGUGAGAAAUACAUGAAUUCACCGGUAUGCCCGGAUGCCGGCGGUGUUUUACGUAAAAAUCUUAUCUGUCCCGUACAUUUACAAACUCAGCCACUGAAAACGCUGCCUGACAUCGAGUCUACCGCAGAGGCUAUACGCUUUAUCACCACUUACCAGCGUCGUAGACCCUAUUUUUUGGCGCUUGGUUUUCACAAGCCGCACAUUAACUUUCGUUUUCCGCAACAGUUUCUGGAACGAUUUCAUCUCAAGGAUUUCAAUAACUAUACCACAGAUACUCAUAAGCCUGAGGAUAUGCCGAAUGUGGCUUGGAAUCCAUAUAUAGAUGUGCGUUCACGCGACGACUUUAAACAUCGGAAUAUUUCCUUCCCCUAUGGACCGAUUUCGGCGUUGCAACGUUCGCAGAUACGUCAAGCAUAUUACGCGUCAGUUGCAUACGUUGACGAUUUGUUUGGAAAAUUUAUGGCGCAUGUGAAUAGACGCAACACUAUUGUGCUGGUGACCAGCGAUCAUGGCUGGUCAUUGGGCGAACAUGCUGAAUGGGCUAAGUAUAGUAAUUUUGAGGUGGCGUUGCGCGUGCCACUCAUUAUACGGAGCCCGGAAUUUCCGUUGACAACAUUUCAACGCAUGCAUACAAUCGCCGAACUGGUGGACAUUUAUCCAACUUUAGUGGACUUAGCACAUUUACCCCCGCUACCGCUUUGCAACGCGUCAGCGCCUGCAUAUGAACAAUUGACGUGCAGAGAAGGUAAAAGUCUAUAUCCACUGUUACAGGGUGUCGGCUUGGGCGAAGAACAUGUGGCUUUCAGUCAGUAUCCACGCCCGGGCAUAGAACCAACAAAGCAUCCCAAUAGUGAUAAGCCAAAACUGUUGAAUAUCAAAGUGAUGGGAUAUUCAAUGCGCACAACCAUAUUCCGUUAUACGCUUUGGGUGCGUUUUCAUGCACAGAAUUUUAGUAGAGAUUGGAAUGAUGUUUUUGGCGAAGAGCUGUAUGACCAUCGCUUAGAUAUGGGCGAGGGUAUAAAUUUGGCGAACAUACCUGAGUUCGAUGAGGCGCGUAUGCGUUUGAAACAGCAGUUGAUAACAGCAUUUUCAAAGUAAUGUGGGUGUACCACCUUUAAUAAUGUUUGUUUAAAAGAAAUCUGUGUUAGUUGCCCGAAAACAAGACGAUAAAUAAAUACUGAAAACAUCCUCCCACAAGAGGAUCUUUGCCGCCGACAUCAUAAA